CUGUUGGGCGACAAGAAAACCGUUAUGACAUUUAGAAACCAAAUAAUAUUUAUUUAAAUGUAUUGUUAUCAUUUUUUAUCUCAACUGUUUUAAAAUACAUAUUUAAGACACGUGAUAGUAGAGUAAUUUCAUUAAGGUCAUUACUCUGGAUAGUAUGUAUUUCAUAGCCGGGUACAACAGACACUUAACCUGAAAAAUGUAACCUACUGACCAAAACACCAAAGAAUAUUAAAUGCCUUUUGUUUUCCGUAUCAUAUUAUGUCAAUUAAGCAUACUAUGUUAUGCUGUGACUGCUGUGAAUGUACAAAUUAGAUCUGAUACUGAUUUACAUUAUUGUUACUCAAAGGGAAGCCAACAAGAGUGUUCUAAGGAUGAGGAGUUACUGAAUACAAAAUACUGUAGCCCUAAACGAGAAAACGAUCAGAAAUACAUUGAAGACAUGGCUAAUAAUAACCAAUUGAAUGGAUUAUACCGUCCUAGGAGUGCCCUGGCUCGUGCAUUUUAUGAAAAACAAAGAAAUGACAGACAUCUGCAGGAAUUUGACCAAACUGAGUGGUAUCGUGUGGACAAGAGCCUCCUCAGUCCAGAGCUCCAGCAGAAGUUCAAGCAGCUGGAUCCAGAUGACGACACAAAGGCGUUCCUGUCGGCCUCCAUCGACAAGUCCACGUGGGUCUGGACGCAGAUCUGGUAUCUGCUCGCCAAGGCCGUGCUCCGGCACUUCUGGUCUAUCACCGACAUUAAUGGAUGGCUGGGCCGCGGCUCCAUGUUCGUGCUAUCUUCCGCGCAGGCGCGCACGCUGCUGGGCGGCGCGCCGACCGGCGCUCUCGUGGACGUCGGCGCCGGCGACGGCGAGGUCAGCCGCCGCUUCGCGCAGCUCUACGACGAGCGCUACGCCACAGAGAUCUCCGCCAGCAUGAGAAAGGCCCUCAGCAGUAAGGGAUAUACUAUCCUAGACACGGAGACCUGGUGGCGCGGGCAGCAGUUCCAAUGCGUGAGCAUGAUGAACUUAAUCGACCGCUGCAGCCGACCCAAGACCAUGCUGCUGGAAGCCCGCGCCGCGCUCGCGCCCGGAGGGAUCCUCCUCAUAGCCCUAGUCCUGCCCUACAAGCCCUACGUAGAAGUAACCCCUGACCACAAGCCCGAAGAGCGUCUACCAAUCACCGGCGCCCGCUUCGAGCAGCAGGUGGAGUCUUUCGUGGCGUUCAUGCGCGACGAGUGCGGGUUCGAGCUGGUCUCGUGGGCGCGCGUGCCGUACCUCUGCGAGGGCGACUUUGCCCAGGCAUACUACUGGCUCGAUGAUUCUGUCUAUGUGUUCACGCCUAAGCCCAUUCAUGAGUCUUCUUAAGAUAUUAAGGUGUGGGUUCAGCCAGCAGUUAAAAUGUGAAUAUCAAUCUUGAGGCCUAUUUCUAGUAACUUCAUCCAUUCGAAACCUAGCCAAAGUGAAAAUCGCUUGCGUUCCGCCAUCGAAUCGCUUUCUGUCUCUCUAUCACUCUUCCAUAUUAGUUUAACAGUGACAGAUGCGUUUCGUUCGCUACGUAGCGUUAGCGAUUGGCAUGUUUUCUACAAAGCCUGAUGAAACAACUUCCGAGCUUUGGAAAAAAAUCACGAACAUACCUAGGUCGUAAACGCACCAUUUAAAAUUUGUAAUUGCGUCUAAAAAUGCGUAAUCGAUGAGGAUUACUUUUUUAACCGACGGUCACGCACGGCCGUCCGCUCAGAGAUCAGCGAGCUGCGACCUGAACUCACUGUGGAUCAUAUUGCUUCACUUUUGACAAUGACGUAAAACGUAAUUGUCAGAAGUCGUAACUAUAGUCUGUAUCUUUAAGUAUUUAAACAAAGGUAAACAAACAAUUUGUAAAUGUUCGGGUAGUUAUAACAUUUAUUGGUUAACCGACCAUUUACAAAACCGCCUGGAUCAGUCACUGAACGACCUGACUUUAACCUACAUGGUGAUCAUCGAGUAAUGUUUUCAUCUUCCCUCAGUUGCAGCCUUUUGAUGGUAGAUUUCGUUUACUUUUAUUUAAAUACCUAAAGAUACCUACAGAGUAUAGAGUCGGACUACGCUAAGUUUUAAUGCCAAGUGCUAUGUCAAAUACCGAUGGCACCCCUAUGGGAUAUGUUUGCGAUGUCAAUGCCAAAAGUUAGUAACUUCGUUGUCUUCAUCUCAGUUCAAUGUUAAAUUGCCGGGGAGCCGUUUUAUAAACGCGUGUAACUUGCAAUAUAAACUGAAUUUUAUUUAAGAAAUUAAGGUGGAUACAGACGAUUUAUAAAACUGCCCCGGUCUUACUAACUUCGUCAGGCGGUUGUUGUCUUUAAAUAAAAUAUUUAAUUGAACGAAGCGUUAUGAGUUAUGAAUAUUGUUUCGUGAGCAAUGAAUGAGAAACAACGAAAUUGGUGUUUUGGUCCUAACCAAAAUUGUACACUAAAAUGCUGUUUGAUAAAUAUCACAUAAAUAUGUGAUGUCGCACCAGAAACAAAAACAUUGUUAAGUAUCCUUAACAUAACUGACUGCCAAAUUAAAAACAAAGGUUCCUUUUUGCCACUAACCAUUCUUGAGUACUGAAAACUGCUGAAAAUAAGCAGUAAGUACCUCACAAUUCAACUAUGAAUUUUGAGUCAGAUAACUUGAUAAAAUGAAUGAUCUCUACUUAUUUUACAAAUCUAGCGAGGAUGCCUAAAUCAACGCACAUUAUUGUCAUCGAAUGGGUGUUUAUAUUCUACAUUUUAAUAUUGUAUUGUAAGUGAUAAAUCGCAUUGAAUUUAUUAGAUAUUUUAUAGAUGUUUACUACUUUUUCUACUUUGUAUGGUAACUAGUUAUACGUAGCUGAAUAAGAAAAAGAUCAAGUAAUAUAUUGCAAUUACGAUGAACCUUCACAGGUUGGAACCGAAUUGUGUUGAAAUUGUCGUAUCUCCUAAAGAAUUGGAGUCGUUGUACUUACCUACAUAGGUUUAAAUCAUUCCUAUAUAAUACGGCCAUUUUAAAUCUAUUUGUAUGUGUCUUUGUGAAUAAUUAUUUGUGUUGUAGCAUUCCAAUAAGAUUUAAAAAUAUUGAAACAUUUUCAUCAAAAGGUGCUUUCAAUUCUAUAAAGAUGUCCAGUGUCAGUCAAAAUGAAUUAAAUUCAAAGCAAGCAACUC